UUCUUUCUUUUACUUCUCUCUUCGUCUUUCUCUCUCUUAGUUUCAACGGGCGAGAAUUUUUCGAAACAGAGCAGAUUUUUUCUUCUUUUCUUCUUCUUCGUCUUAAUGUUUCUGAGAAGGGUUUCGUAUUGGGUUUGAAAUUGUUGGUUUGAAGGGAUGAGCUUCAGUUCGAUUCCCGCCACACUUUCACCGGAAGAACAGGAUUUUGGGUUUUGGAGAUAACUGUAGAAGGAGAUGUCUGAGGUGAAAUUAGAGGAGUGUUGUCUUGAGAAUAAACAAUCAACAGCCGCAUCGAGUUCCUCUGUAUCCGAAGGCAGUGGUAGCGUCUUUCGCAAGUCCCCCAGAGUAUGUAGCCCAGCAGCAUCAACGUCUCCGUCACAAUGGAGAACCAGUGGCCCUGUUAGACGAGCUAAGGGUGGUUGGACUCCACAGGAGGAUGAAACAUUAAGGAGUGCCGUUGCAGCAUUUAAUGGGAAGAGUUGGAAGAAAAUAGCCGAGUUUUUUAAUGAUAGGUCAGAAGUGCAAUGUUUGCACAGAUGGCAGAAAGUUCUUAACCCUGAACUUGUCAAAGGUCCUUGGACUCCAGAGGAGGAUAAAAAAAUUACUGAACUUGUAAGUAAAUAUGGGGCAACAAAAUGGUCAUUGAUAGCCAAGUCUUUGCCUGGUCGUAUUGGGAAACAAUGCCGGGAGAGAUGGCACAAUCAUUUGAAUCCAGACAUUAGAAAGGAUGCAUGGACAUCAGAUGAGGAAUUAUCUCUCAUGCAUGCCCAUCAGAUACAUGGGAACAAGUGGGCUGAAAUAGCUAAGGUUUUACCUGGAAGGACCGACAAUGCAAUAAAAAAUCACUGGAAUAGUUCCUUGAAGAAAAAGUUAGAUUUCUUUGUGAAUACUGGCAGCCUUCCACCAGCCACCAAGAGUAACUCCCAGAAUGGUCCAAAAGAUACGAAUAAAUGUUCUGCAACUAAAAAAUCACUUGUCUGUUCAAAUAGAGAAUUUGAUUCUACUGCCCAUACAUUGGGCAAUGCAGCCAUGUAUACGAUAAAUGAAGAUGGCAAUAAUCAGUUAGACUCUUCUGGUGUUCUUUGUAGUAUGCUUGGCUCAUCAAGUGCUCCUCCAAAUGAGUCCGCCGAUUCUGAAGGUAUAGAAUCCAAGCCAGUAUCUUCAAGUAUGGAUCCUAGCUACAGCAAUUCUGAUUCAGUAGUGAAAUUUGAAAAUGGUAGAAUCAAUAGGGAGGCUAAUAUUGAGAACUGCUUGAUAAGCAAACAGUCUCAACAUUGUGGCAUCAACAAUGAGGAAAAGUUUGACAAUUGUGGAUUCAAUGGGGAAGUAAAAGAAGACAAAGUUGUUGGAACGCCUUUGUCAUCUAAAACUUUGUUUUUUGGUUCGUUGUGUUAUGAGCCACCACAGUUAGAUGCUUGUAUUCCACUGGAUUCAGAUUUUUCCAGUAUUCACUGCUUGCAGAAUGAAUUCAAUUCUAGUACGUAUUCAUCACCUGGUAGUUGCUUCACUCCUCCUUGUGUGAAGGGCCAGGGUUUCACUUUGCCAAGUCCUGAAUCAGUCUUGAAAAUGGCUGCCUUGACCUUUCCCAAUACUCCUUCCAUAUUACGAAAGAGAAAGUAUAAAGCACAAACACCUUUGCUUCCAAAUGAGAUUGAGAAAGCAGAUCAUGCUACUCAGGAACAUGAUGCGAGUAAAACUAAUUUGGAAAUGCCUGAUUCUCAAGAUGGGAGUUUAUGCAAGAGUCCAACUUAUCAUGGUAUUAAUUCAGCUGGCCCAAAUGGUAAGGCUUUUAAUGCCUCUCCUCCAUACCGCUUAAGAUCCAAACGUACUGCUGUAUUGAAGUCCGUGGAAAAACAACUUGAAUUCACAUUUGACAAAGAAGAACAUGAGGGAAAUGUCAAGUCUGUAGAAUUCUCUGCAAAAACAAAGAUGGGAGUGACCUAGGAAUUUGAACUUGAUGUGAAGAAGAGACCAGAAUCCUCUUUACCCACCAACAUAUUCUUUCGGGAUUGGUAACUAAUGCAUCAAUUCUUGAAAGCAGAUUGAAAGAGAGUUGAUCAGAUACAUUGCAUUGUUUCAUGGUCUUCAACUCCGCAAAUCAAACGUCUUGCAGAUAUCGCCUGUUUUAGUUACACGGGGGCCUUUCUUUAUUCCCCUUUUACCAACAUGACAAAUUUAGUGGCUAUUAGGCCUUCUGUAAUGUGUAGCGAGUGAGGGAGGGUAGGUACAAAUUAACUGUGAAGAAGAUUAUAAGUCAGCAGCAGCAGCAACUCAGAUUUGUACAGGAAGAGGAGCAGUGAUGCUUGGAAGUAGGAUCUCCCAAAAUGAAAGCGUAGCUUCUCAUACUUUUUCAACUUUAAUAAUUCUAUUUCUGACCAAUAUUUUACAGUUAGAAGUAGAGCUAGUUACAGUAAGCAGUGUAACGAUACCAUUGCUUUUUUAAAUAACUUAAAAUUCUUGCUCUUUUCUGUGCAUGUUUUUUCCAAUAAAAAUUUAUCUCUA